AUGGCAGCUCGUCGCCAAAUCCCGUGCAACAUUGUCAUUCGGGAUGCUAAUGAGAAGUCCCCAAAACUCAUCUCAGCAUCUCCCGACUUUGCUGUAAACCUCAACAACAAAGGCAUACGACUGUCUUUCCUCCGCGACCCGAAUCGAGAGACUUUUAGUUGGCACAGUGCGGAUCUGUCCAUGACCGAGUCGUCGCUCCAUCACAUCACAAUCGAGCUUCCGCACUCUCGUUUCUCCCUCACCUACCGCGAGCUGACGUCCGAUGAGACAACCGCUCUCAGCAGCCACCUCCCCGAGGAUUCAACCAGAUAUAAGAUUAUCGACAUCGACUGCCGUUCAAGCACCAUAAUCACCGGAUUCGGUCUCCCAUUUCAAGGUGCGAAUGAGACAGUGGACAGUUGGGUCAAUGAGCACUCGCCGAUCCAGGAUGUCAUCUCUUUACCAGACAUUCUCUACCGACAAACCUUUACUCUCCUGGCCGAGGCCACCAGCACUGAGAUCAUUCGCGUCGUCAGCAGCAUCAACGCCCAAUCUAUUCCUCUCGACUAUGGAUAUGGUGAAGAGCACUCGUGGAAUAUGGAACGGUACAACAAACAAAUCCCUGCGAACAGAGGAGCGGCCUUUCCUCCAACGAUCCGGUUCAAUAAUGGGAACGAGCGCGACACCGCUCUGACCCAGACUCAUGUGCAAGAUGUUUGGGAUUUCGACCACAAGCUGAAAGAGAUUGAGAGACCCGAGCAUUGGCGCGCUGCCCAUCGCGCUCUCCGAGGAGACCUCAACAAGAUCAAGGUCAGAUUCACAUUGAAGGACCGCGGUGAGACUCACAGUACUGGACUUGUCGUUUGGGACGCAGUUCCUUUGACAUUCGCCACCUGCGAGGCGUUGAAAGGCGCCGACAUUCAGAAUCGCAUCGCCCUUGGCCUCACUCGACCCUCCACAGGACCGGGUCACGACUUCAAUCCGAUCGCAUAUGACGACUACGAAACGGCCAAACAAUCCCGACGGGAGAACCUUCAACUUCGUCUAGAAUCUGGUCUCCACGGAGACACCCUACGAGUCAAUGGCAUCCACAGUCUCAGCAAUGGGCGAGCCUUCCCGUCUACCAUGAAGGCUGAUCCUCUGGCGACCAGCAAGAGGCUCUUGUUCAACGAACUGCUGGUCGGCAAAGGACUCUGGGAUCUCGCCAAGGAGGGUGUCAAGACAACUCUGCCUCACUUUGAUCUCCUCCACGAUGUGCCCCCGACGAUCCGAGACGCAUGCCUUCAAAACGUUUUUGAAGAUGAUAGAGAGCGAGUUCAGAAAUACUUUAGCAAACUGCACCUUGGUCUCGGGUUAGUUACCGGUCCCCCUGGUACUGGAAAGUCCCAUCUUGCCUCGGCCAUCGUGGUCCUCAUGUGUCACAAUCCCUCCAUCCAGCAAGUCUAUGUUAGCGCAUCAUCAAAUGGCGCCACAGACAAUAUUCUCGAACGUAUUCAAGACAUCGCCACCAAGACCACCACCAGCCUCAUCGACCGCGAUGUCGACGUUAAGCAUCUGAUGCUGGUUCGGGGGUACAGCCUCAACACAGAGACAGACAACUGCAACAGAGCCUUGUUCGGGAAGGCAUUUACGGAAUAUGGCCCUUGGAAUCCGUCGCCUUGGAAGUUGAAGAACUCGCUUUGCUGGUGGACUUUGCGGGUUCUGGACUCAACUGCCGUACCCGCGUUGACCCUGGAAGACAACGCCGAUUUGUUCGACCUUCAUGAGAGACUCAGCGCGCACGCCUCCGACUCGGUACCUGAUGCAAGCCUUUCAAAGUUCCGUUCCUUGGUAAAGCUUGCUCGGGGUGUGACCUCCGUUGCUGAGUACCAGGCCAAAGAGAAGCAAGAAAACCACGCCAAGGUUCUUCGUCAGCUCAUGGAACUUGUUCUUGGAUGUGCCAAUGUCGUCGCGACAACACCAGUGGUGUCAGCGAGUCGGAUGUACAAGACGUUCAACAACCGUGCCCGCGCUGUUGUCUUUGAUGAAGCAGGGACGCUCUUCUGUUCGGAUGGUCUACUGGUUUUCGGUAAUACGCCUCGACCCAUGAUUGCCAUCGGCGACCCCAUGCAACUCGCUCCAGUGCUCUCUACCGCCUUCGAGCUGCUCCAAAUCCGUCGUAAAAAGCGUUCAUGGGAGACGUGGACCGACCACAACGAAAGGCGACUGUGGCCCACGAACCGAUUCGCAGGAUUUGCGCAGAUCUCUUGGCUUUCAUGGUUCAUCCACCUGGGAUGGCCAGUCUUUCACCUCUACACGCAACAUCGCAUGGCUGAAAAUCUCUUUGACCUCUCACUGGACACUGUCUACACGAGUCUCAAAGCGCAUUUCAAGUACAGUCCUUUGUGUCGCGUCACCAACUUCCCCAUCGGCGUUGAUGUGGAGGAGUACCUGCAGGAGAAGUACAAGAUCCCAGCCCCUCCCAGCAACACCUUUGCACCCGUCUUCUUCGAUUGUAAAGGUUGCCGAAUCCGAAAGUAUCCCGACAGCGAGUCCCGCCUCAAUCCCCGACAGGCCGACCUCAUCGCAGACCUUCUAGUGGAGAUGAUCCAACAGUUGAAGCUGUCUCCGUCUGAUAUUGCCGUCCUCACGCCGUACCGGGCAAACUUUCGAGCCAUCGGAAAACGAUUCAAGAAGGAGCCUGAGCUAGAGGGCGUGACCUGCUCGACUUUCGACACGUUUCAAGGCCGCGAGGCCCAGAUUGUGGUCGUUGCUCUGUGUGUGACCAAAGAAAGCGGUCCAUUGUUUGUGGGCAAUCCCCGGAGUCUCAACGUCGCGUUGACCCGACAGAGAUCAAGUCUGCUCAUCUUUGGCGAUAUGGGGGUACUUGACUUCAAAGCCAAGGAUACUUCUACCGACUUUAUCGGUUCAGACUCCGGACAACGGUUCAAUCUCCGGAUGUUCCGCGAUGUACUCAAAACCCUUCGCGACAGCCGACGAGUGGUGAGGCUUCAUGGCAAAGCUGGGGUUGAUUACGAUGGGUACUGGGAUAGUAUGGAGAGGAAGAAGCAGUGA